AUGAGUAUCGGAAGUGUAGGCAGUCAUAGCAUGCUGGGCACGUACGAUCCUCCCUUGUUCUAUCUGCACGAACAAUUGACCCAUGUGCAUACAGGCAAGGGUCUCUCUGCGUUGAUCCUAGGAGGAACUGGUGCGGCAGGUAGCCUCGUAUUGCAAGAAAUCCUUGCCUCGCCACAUUUCGCUCGCGUCAGUGAAUACGGACGAAGAAUCACUGCUGCUGAGAAGAUCGUUGUUGGGAAGGAGAAGUUGGAGCAAAAGGUCAUGAAUUACGAGGACCUGGAAAGCAGCGGGUUACGAGAUGGGAAAUGGGAUGUGAUCUUCAUUGCCCUCGGAACUAGCAGCAUUACCGCGAAAAACCGCGACGAGUUCACUAGAGUCGACAAGGAAUACGUUGUCAACGCAGCUCGUGAGGCCAAAUCAUCAGAUCCUGAACAUCGACAACGCUUGCUCUACAUCUCCGCAAUUUAUGCGAACCCAUCAUCUUAUUUGUUCUACUUCAGGAGCAAAGGUUUGACAGAACGCGCUCUUGCUCAGCUGGGUUAUGAUGACUUCAUUGCCAUCCGACCUGCCUCGUUUGGUGGAGUACAUCGAGAAGUGAAAAGGCCGGCAGAGGAAUUCCUCAGCACGUUCUUUCGCGGACUCACCUUCCUCACUGGCAGUGUGAACCUCCACAUCCACCUGUCAAGACUUGCCAUGGGCAUACGAAUGGUUGGGGAGAUGGGCUCAAGCGAACUUCCAUCUGGGCUAGCGACAUCCGUGGUCUCACCUGAGGGGACGUAUACUGCGCUGAUCAAUGGAAGCAUAUUAGCUUUGACGGAUAGUAAUGAAGCACGAUGA